AUGUGGAGAGAGAGAUGCGCUUUUGGCAGAAAAUGAAAGAACAAAAGUGCCCUUUUCGACCACCACUACAGCUGGAAAAGAUCUUCACUCGGGUCAUGCCUACAAAACUCUAGCCGGAGCAGGGAGCAGACCUGAUCAAGAUCUUAUUGUUCUUGACGACCAGCACAGCCACAGAGAUGUCAGAGUUAAUGAAGAUACCAGUCCUGGAUGCCAUAAGGAUUUCUCGAAUCCGGACAAAAACGGCUGUUCCGGAAACAAGCAAAAACGGAUUUGGAUUUUCGUCGGAAUUGCCGUUUGCCUUUGCUUAGGCCUUGGACUAGGAUUUGGAUUAGCAGCACAGAGAUUUGCAUUAGCAACGGGAAAAGAUAAAGAUAAUGGUGAUGACAAUAA